GCGGGGCACAGGGGCACUAGCCCCCCGCCGGCCCUCACCGCGCCCCCCGCCCGGCCGCGGUCCAUGCGCCCGGGCCGUGAAGUUUGCGGCGGGCGGGCGGGCGCCGAGCCGCCACCAUGCCGUUCCACCCGGUGACAGCGGCAUUGAUGUACCGGGGCAUCUACACGGUGCCCAGUCUGCUGUCGGAGCAGCGCGCCGUGGACAUCCCGGAGGACGAGCUGGAGGAGAUCCGAGAGGCCUUCAAAGUCUUCGACCGGGACGGCAAUGGCUUCAUCUCCAAGCAGGAGCUGGGCACUGCCAUGCGCUCCCUGGGUUACAUGCCCAACGAGGUGGAGCUGGAGGUCAUCAUCCAGCGGCUGGACAUGGAUGGGGACGGCCAAGUGGACUUUGAGGAGUUUGUGACUCUCCUGGGACCCAAGCUCUCCACCUCGGGGAUCCCGGAGAGGUUCCACGGCACCGACUUCGACACGGUCUUCUGGAAGUGUGACAUGCAGAAGCUGACAGUGGACGAACUGAAGCGUCUGCUCUACGACACCUUCUGCGAGCACCUGUCCAUGAAGGACAUCGAGAACAUCAUCAUGACGGAGGAGGAGAGCCACCUGGGCACGGCGGAGGAGUGCCCCGUGGACGUGGAGACCUGCUCCAACCAGCAGAUCCGCCAGACGUGCGUGCGCAAGAGCCUCAUCUGCGCCUUCGCCAUCGCCUUUGUCAUCAGCGUCAUGCUCAUCGCGGCCAACCAGGUGCUGCGCAGCGGCAUGAAGUAGCCGGGUGUGGGGGUGGCCUGUGCCCGGGCUCCCCACUGCCCCCGCCUCCGCCCCAGAGAUUCCCACCCCGCAGCCCUGGCCUUGCAUGGAGCCUCGGCCGCCCAUGGAGGGCCCCCCGCCUGCGCCCUCCCGCUGGCCUAGAUGUAGCGCCCUCCCCGUCGGGCCCUGAGGCAUCAGAGGGGCACAUGCCCACAGCCCCCACCGCCCCGUCUGUUCUGACCUGAGGCCGCAGGCCUGGGUGCAGGCAGGGUGGCACCGAGGCAGAGUCCCCUGCCCCCCUUUCUGGCCUGAGUCCGGCCCCCUGUGGGAUUAGAUCCCUGGGCCCUAAAUCCGGGAUCU